GAUACAUGAUAAGCUCCCUUCAGUUAUGUAUGCUUUUAUCUUUCAUCUCGUUUCUAACUAUUGACAGGAAUAUGUUCUUUGUAGACCGUUUAGUAUAUCAUCCUAAUUAUGGAAGGACAUCAUCAUGUACUUUUACUGAAAAACAAUUGCAUCCAUAUCGAGCUUUCCACCAUCACAAUUCACAAGGUACCAAUCAUGUGUUGUUACAUCAAGACUACGUAUCGAAAUUGCCAAGAUGACACCGGACCACAUCAGACAGCUAAAUACUUCGGGCCCUGUCCUGAAGUAGUUGAAAAAAUGACACUUCCAGAGAACAUAGACAGAGUGCUUGUGAACUGCAAGAAACGAAAGUUCCGCCUCUGUCACAUCAAGUCAAACAAGACCGACGUAUGCCCAGUCUGUGCCGGCGAAGACUCAGGUCUAAAUUAUGGCGGUCCCUGGGAAGAUGAAAUUGAAAGCGAAAACGAACUCGAUCCUCAGAAAUCAACAAAAACUGGCAAAGCUGUUACUGGAGGCACUGUCGCUGGAGGUAAUGUCGCUGGAGGCACCGUCGCUGGAGGUACUGUCCCUUGAGGCGCUGCUACGGGGAUUGCUGCGGGGAGUUCUGUUCCUGUGA